UCCCCUAAAUUGCAAAUGUCGUCUCCUUCUCCACAGCAAGGGCCCGUCCACGAGUGUCCCGACUACGUGUCCGGCGGGGCCAACAGUUGCCACUUCGACAGCAGUCACACAUCCAUCUGGAAGAUGUACUGCAUGACGGUGACGGCCGGCGUCCGGCCCGCCGCAACGCCACCUCCACGCCGUACUGCGUCGACUGGGGCCGACAUCGUGCAGACGGAGGCCCCGGUGAACCUCUCCUAUGCGCUACGGGACACCGGGGGCGACGAGAGAGGCCACAGCGCCCUGCUAGCCUGGAGCUACCCGGUACCGGAGGACCUCCAGUACGGCUGGAUCACGCUGGUGUACGAGCUGCAGUACCGCCGCGUCACAGAGCCUGGCGACUGGAAGGUGAAGCCCCCCCAGAGGGAGUCCCAGCUGGAGCUCAUGGGUCUCCCGGUGGGGGGAUACCUUGUCCGGGUUCGCUGUCGCUCCCACAACUACGGCCUCUGGAGCGAGUGGAGCUCGCCGCUACAGAUGACCAUCCCCGCCCGUCCGCUGGCAGGCAAGAUGCUAGUGCUGAUCCUGGUGGGGGGGCUGGGCGUCGCCACCCUGCUCAUCAUCUGCUGCGGAGUCGUCCCCCAGGGCAAGAGGAUCAAAGCCCAUUUCUUGCCGCCAAUUCCUAAGCCUCGGAUUGGAGGAAUCGACCCACUGCUUCUGAAGAGGGGGCGUCUGGACGAGAUCGACCAGCACUUCCGCACCUUCCACAGCUACAGCCACACCGUCCUCAGCGAGGAGGUGUGGAACUACGUCAGCACGGAGGCCUCACACACCUGCGCCCUCUGGCCUGUCGAGCCGCCGCCCAUCAGUCAAUGGGAGAAGCCGGCCCCGCCCCCAUCACUCGGGGACCCACCCACAGCCCCUCUCGACGCGACGAUCACGACCACGGCGAUGGCGCCGUCGUCGUACUGCGGCCUCCCGCCCGCCCAGGCGCCGGUUUCCGUGGCGCCGUACAUGCAGCCUGUGGGGGCCGGCCAGUGGGAGUGGCCUACGGUGGUGGCCGCGCCUCCCCCGGCGACAGCGGACUACAGCCUGCUGGCCACACAGCCCGUCAGCCCCCAGCCCCCCGAUGUGGUGCAGUUCCCCCAGCCCAUCCAUCCCCUGCCGCCGCUGGCCCCGCCCACCGACUUCUACACCUGCGCUCAGCUCCUGGGACCCGGCGGGGAAGUGAACCUGGUCCCCUGCCUGACCCCCACGCCACAGCCGCGGGCCCCCGGACGCGAGGAAGCGGGUGAGGAGCUGAAGAAGAGGUCCCCCCCGGACCUCCGGGCCGAGACUGGUGUGUCGGCCGGUCUUAACUGAAACGGCGGCGUUUGCUAAAGGCGUCAGCGAGCGUGGUGGUUUGGACCGGGGACAAUGUCAGUAAAGGUCGGAAACACUGCCUAAACAAUUUAUUUUCCCACUUUGUGUCUUACCGGCUAAUUGGACACCAGAAUUGGUCUGUUUUCGGAUCGUUUGUCGUUCACUUUUUUCGGGAUUCUCUACGGACUUCAGGUGUGCACGACUUUAGAGUCUUUACUUCAGGAAGCAAAAACAACGGAGAACCCUCAUUCAGCAAAAAUCGGACGAAUGCAUAAUUUACGAACGUCGGGACUCGGUGGACCUGAAGUCGAUCGAACUUCCUUCUUGUCUCUACUCAAAGGAACAGGAACUUCAGGAAUCAUUUGAAUCUCACACGAUGGGGGGAUAUAUUUAGCAGCGUUUUCCGGCGUUUUAACGGAAACUUUUCAUUCGGUUUGACGACGGAACUUCGGGUCUUCAAAAUCGUGCAGCGAUGUCGAAUGGUGCGUUCAUGUCAAGCGGUGUUCACCCUGUCGCACUUUGUAUGUUUUAAACGUCUGUGUGUCGACUGCCUAUGGUGAGCGUUUAUUUCAUGUUUGUUAGCUUGUUUGCCGUAUGCUAACGUUUUGACUGUCGAUCACAUAGCUACACAUUCACGGUUUCUAAGUAUUUCGAUUAUGCUAUGAGGAUAACGAUAUCGAUUAUGCUAUGAGGCUAACAAUAUCGAUUAUGCUAGAAGGCUAACGAUAUCUGUUAUUAUAUGAGGAACAAUAAUGAAUGACACUCAGGAAUAUGUAGUUUAAGAUCAAAGCACAUUUUGUAUAUACACACAUUAUGAAAUCAGGGCACAACGCAAAGGGUUACGCUUCAGUAAGCACGUGCUGAAAGGUUCGAGUGAGGUGAAACAUCAGUGCUGGAACCGUAGGAUAGAAGGAAAAUGCAGAGUUUGAAAGCACUUAUAAACUUGAUACCACAGAAGAAGUCCUCACGUUAGAUUAUCUCUCCCCGAAACUAAGAUUGUGCGAGAAGAUCCAGCCAUUUUGUCGGCCGUUUUGUGUUUCUUGCACAUUAAAGUGUUAUACAAUAACGUUCAAAAGUUUGCGGUCACCCAGACAAUUUCAUGUUUUUUCCUUGAAAAAUCACACUUUUAUUCAACAGUUUUCAGCUGUGUUAAAAUAAUUGCACACAGGUUUUUUAAUCAUCAAUUAGCCUUUUAACACGAUUAAACAAUGUACCAUUAGAACACAGAAGUGAUGGCGGCUGGAAUUUGGCCUCUGUAUACCUGCAGUUUCGAGCUAGAAUAGCCAUUUACCACGUAAACAAUGUCUAGACUGUAUUUCUGAUCAAUUUAAUGUAAUCUUCAUUGAAAAAAACAGGGCUUUUCUUUAAAAAAAUAAGGACAUUUUGAAGUGACCUCAAACUUUUGAACAGUGUAAACUGGUGAGGCUAUCUGGAAAUGAAUUAUUGUGGCCACAAAAACGAAAGAAUAAAUCCAUCACCAUAAUAUGAAGAGAUGUAGAUAUCCUGAGAGAUCUGGUUUUUAGACUCCCCCUCAGACACAAUUUUGUUGCCUUAUUUUUACGAAGUAUAUGUACAGUAUACAUAUAUUUAACCCCCCCCUACCCCCCCCCCCCCCCCCCCCCCACGAACACAUGAGUUUCCUCUCACACCUUCAGCGAUGACUUCUUUUACUUUUCAGGAAAAAAUAUAUAUUCAAAGUUAUAGAUUUAUAUAUUUAAUGUUUUUUUACUGUUACGUUACUGACUGGAGAUUAGUAAGAGUUCAAAUUUAUUUUUCUUUUGCAAUUCAAUACUUAAAUAAAGAUUUCAUAAAGAUGUUAUAAUAUCAAUUCAUCUCAACGCCUGGCCUAAAGAAAAGAGAAGUUUAUAUGUUGAAUGCUUCCAGUAUUGUGUUGGUCAUACUAUAGAAUGAUUAAUUGCUUGUUUUGUGAAUAAAACAGAACAUAAAGGAACUUUAAAAGAAAAAUCUCAUACUGAAUCGCAGUAUUGGUCGAAAUAAUCUCAAUUAGAUUAUUUCCCCAAAUCGUUCAGCCCCAAUAUAAAGUACAAUUCUGUCACCUCUAAGUUUUGCUGUCGUUGUUUCUUCGUUUACUGCUUUGUUCCUCUGUGGCGUUCAUCCUAAGGAAAUCGUAAAUGACCGUGGUAUCUGUAAACGUUUAAAUGUGCGCGUUGUCAGUGGGCAGUUGCGGUCCGAAGAUAGGAUUGCAAUAUCAAAAUUGUAACUGUGUGAGCUCUGGGAAGAUGUGGGGUAUAAAACGAUAUAUAAUAAAAAAUGAUGGUAUUUUCAA